AUGGGCAGUGGUGCCACCAUGGCGGACCUGCGCUUCUUCUCCCCUAUCGGUCCGCCAUGGUGGGUUGGCAGUAAGGCAGUAACUGAAGAUGAGGACAGGCGCUGGUGUCGAUCGGGACAUUCUGAGGUUGGCGAUUGGUCUGCUUUGUUACUCAUCACCCAAAUCUCUGCCUCAAACACACAGAGGGAGGAGUUGUUGCCGUCCUUGCACAUCUUGGGUGAUGUUUUGCUCAACACUGGUGUUAGAGGAGCUGCAGGUUGUGUUGCCUUUUAUGCCAAGGAUUUUGUGAAAGCAAAAGCACUUGAUAACUGUUUCAGUGAAACUGUUUCUGACGUCGACUGGCACUAUGAGGAGUGUAAGUUGUCACGGAUGGGUCCACCUGCCACUAUCGUCACCAUUGAUGAGGAAAGUCUAAAUGGUACCGUUCUUGUGGAAAACAUGCAGAUCAAUGGUCGCGCUCAGGAUCCAGAUAGAACCAUCUCCUUGACGCUGCUGGACAACUAUGAUUACUGGGUUAUCCUUGACCCUGCGCUGCAGAGACUGUAUCUCAACAGCACUGGACGAGUGCUGGACCGAGACCCACCCAGUUCCAUCACCACCAUCGUGGUUCAGAUUCAGUGCACCAAUGAGCUGGUGGGAACAAUUAUUCUGCAUGAAGUACGGAUAGUGGUGAGGGACAGAAAUGACAACACACCUCGUUUCCAGCAACCUCGUUACUAUGUAUCAGUUAAUGAGCUCACUCCUGUCAGUACCACCAUCUUCACCGGCUUCUCAGGAAACAACGGAGCCAUGGACAUCGAUGACGGACCAAAUGGACAGAUCGAAUAUGCCAUUCAGUACAACCCAAAUGACCCGAUGUCAAACAGGACUGUGCGUGUUGCUGGGACUCUGUCUGGUAACAUUGUUUUGGCAGAGAGGCUGAACUAUGAGGAGAGAACUCGCUAUCUAAUUAUAGUCCAGGCCAAUGACCGGGCUCCGUAUCCGGGAACUCGACGUACGGCAACCACGACUCUAACUCUGGAUGUUUCGGAUGGAGAUGAUCUGGGUCCGAUGUUCCUCCCAUGUGUUCUGGUCAACAACACACAGGACUGUAACCCUAUCACAUACCGUCUGGCCAUUCCUGAGCUCACUGACCCGAGUAAACUGAACCCUCUGAAUGUGACUCCUCCCAUUCGAGCCAUCGACCAGGACAGAAACAUCCAGCCCCCCUCAGACAGACCCGGAAUCCUGUACUUCCUACUGGUUGGUCAACCUGCUACAUACCCAGAAUUCUUCUCACUCAACAGAAGCACGGCUGAGCUGCGGCUGCUGAAGCCUGUGGACAGAGAGCUGUAUCAGCGCUUCAAUCUUGUCAUUAAGGCCGAGCAGGAUAACGGUCACCCUCUUCCUGCAUACGCUAACCUGCAGAUUGAAAUUCUGGAUGAGAACAAUCAGGCGCCAUAUUUCCAGCGAUCCUCGUACCAGGGCUUCAUCAGUGAGUCUGCCUCGGUUGGCACCACCAUCUCAGGGAGCGCCAACCUCACGGCCCCACUGGGCAUCAUCGCACUGGAUAAUGACAUAGAAGAGACAAAAGAUCCUCAGCUGAAGAUCACUCUGAAUGACUACACCUCCAUCUUCUCCAUCACAUCUACUGGCAUCACACGCUACCUUACUCUACUGAAACCAGUGGACCGAGAGAUACAGACCAACUACACCUUAACGUUGGUGGCAUCUGAUGGCGUUCAACAGAGCAGACCCGUGACGGUGGACAUUCUGGUCAUCGAUGCGAAUGACAACACGCCCACUUUUAGUCAGGUGUCAUACAGUGUGGAGAUCUUCACUAAUAUGCUGCCUGGAGAGACCAUCCUGCAGCUGACGGCUCAGGACGCUGACGCUGGUUUAAACGGCCUCAUCACAUACGCCAUCCUGGCUGGAGAUCAAGGUGAUUUCAUCAUCAACAACCGCACAGGACGAAUCACGUUAGCACCAGGGGUCACGCUGAGCGUCGGCCGAUCCUAUGCACUGACCGUCAGAGCGUCAGACAACGCCCCCGACCCCCGGACGAGGAGCUCCAUAACUACGGUCUAUAUAGAGGUUCUGCCACCCAACAAUCAGAGUCCACCACGAUUCCCCCUACAGACCUACAACCUGGAGAUCAGCGAGGCCAUGAGGAUAGGAGCCAUACUGCUAAAUCUGCAGGCUACAGACCGUGAGCUGGAUCCGAUCACUUAUCAGAUAGCAAGCGGUGACCCGCAGCAGGUCUUCAACCUUUCACGAACUAUAGGUCUUCUGCUGCUGGCCAAACCUCUGGACAGAGAGACCAUCGACCAGUAUCGUCUCAUCGUCACGGCAUCCGACGGCCACCCAGGAGGGAUUUCCACGGCCACUGUCAGCAUUGUCAUCACGGAUGUUAAUGACAACGACCCCACCUUCGACCUCACUCUACCCAGAAAUCUGACCGUGAGGGAGGAAGAGGCCAAUGUGUUCGUGGGUCAAGUCAGGGCCACCGAUCCUGAUGGCGGGCUCAACGGUCAGGUCCAAUACCGUUUGCUCUCCUUUGUGUCUCUGUUCACCAUAAACGCCACGGGAAGCAUCUUCACUGCGGUUCCGUUGGACCGAGAGACACGGAGCCGGUACGAUCUGAUCGUGGAGACGUCAGAUGGAGCAGUGGAACCCCGCAGGACCACCAUUACACUGCUGGUGGAGGUGACAGACAUCAAUGACAACAGCCCUGUGUUUUCCCAGCCCAUCUACACCGUCAACGUCCCAGAAAACACCCCGGCUGGAACCGUCAUCCUGAGACUAAGUGCGGUGGAUGCCGAUCUCAUCUCUAACGUGACCUACAGAAUAAAAACAGAAGCUGCUCGGGCAGCUCUUUCGCGUGAACCGUCUGACCGGCGCCGUAUCAGGUCCUGCAGGCGCUAG